AUUUAUUCAGAACCAUGGAAGUAUCGAAGGUUAAUGAGCUAUCUGUGAUUGAAGAAAAGAAAUACAGAACUGAACAAAUUCAAAAAGGAGACAACAAAGGUUCUGGUCACAAAACUAGCAGUAAAAAGCUUUCGGAGGAAUCAUUAGAGGAUUAUAAAGGUGGAUCUGGAACCAAACACCUUAGAAACCAAAUGAACUCGAACAAAAAGGCUAUUAAAAGUGUAGGGAUGAAGUCAAAGAGAAACAAGAAAUCAAAAACUGACUAUUUUUCAUCCUUCGUUACUACUAAUAAGUCUUAUCUUGAGCCAAAAUCAAUGUUUUACUCAACUGCGAGUCGGUUUAGAGAAGAUAAGAUCAGCAAGAUAUGUGAAUCAACAACAGAACCAUUCAGAAGAACUCAGACAAGGAUUAAUGGAAGACUCAAAGAUUAUACUCCUAGUCAGAAUGAAGAGGGUACUCAAGGCAACUGGGAAGACUCAAUUGAUAAGACAUUUGAGAACAUCACUCUUCUGGUUAGGCAAAAGAAGGAUGCAAAGGAACAAAACAUUUACUUAAGGUAUCAAUUGACUGAAGCUUUGGAUGAGCUAGAUGAAGAGACCAGGAUACAAAAUCAGCUAGAGCUGGAGAUAGAAGAGGAGAGAAAGAAAACACCCUAUAUUCAUUCAGCUAAUAAAGAAGUUAAAACUGAGCUAGACAAGAUAAAGAAAAGUUCAGGCCUUGAGGCCAAUACUGUUGUCAAAGAAGGAGACAAACUUGGCUAUGAACUCAAGAAAUGGAGAUAUAAGGUUAGCAAACUUCAAAGAGAAGUCGAAAAUUCAAAAACUGAGUAUGAAGUUACUCUAAACCAUCAAAGACAUGAACAAAUUCAAGAACUUCAGGUGCAAAUUACUAAAGCGGAGGAGGAGCUGAUGAGGCUUGAGCAUGAAUGUAGAAAUUCAGCUUUUAAGAUUGAAAAGCAGGCCAAGAGAUUAAAAGAGAAACAGAAGAUGAUAGAUGAAAUGUUCGAAAACCAAGAUAAAACAACGACCCCAUAUGGAAACAUUGCAAUAAAGCAAAAUACAAGAGAUCCUGAGCUCGAAUAUUUCAGUGAGAAGCUUAAAAGAAUAGUUAACAAUGAAAGAAUGCUCUAAGAUAUAUCCCAAACCGAA